AUGGUAAGCAUUUCUCGUUAAAAUUAUGUUUUUGUAUUUAUGGUAUGAUGUACAAAACUUUCAGGCCGCUGUUGCACAAAAACCCGAGAAGCCGGUGGAAAGCCAAGCCGCUCACCGCAUCCGCAUUACUCUCACUUCCCAAAACGUGAAGGCCUUGGAGAAGGGUAAGCUAAAUAUUUAACAUUUUUUAUUUUCCGUUUAGUAUGUGAACAACUCAUCUCUCGUGCCAAGAACGAGGAUCUCCAAGUCAAGGGACCCGUUCGUCUUCCCACCAAGGUUCUCCGCAUCACCACCAGAAAGACCCCUUGUGGAGAAGGAUCCAAGACCUGGGAUCGUUUCCAAGUAAGUAGGGUUAGAAUGUAGUAUGUAAAUUCGUAAGUUAUCGGUAAGCUUGUCGUUUCACGUGUCGGCUCCUAGAAUAGUAGGGCUUUCAUGAGUAUCGUUCUAAAUAUUCUACUUUGUGUCAAUUUUAGAUGCGUAUCCAUAAGCGCCUGAUCAACUUGCUCAGUCCUAGUGAGGUCCUCUCCAAGAUUACCUCAAUCUCCAUUGAGCCCGGAGUAGAUGUCGAAGUCACCAUCGCCGACAACUAA